AUGACGGCAAUAAAUGAGAGUCAAGUCAAAGUCCUCGAACAAACCCGUCAACGCCUUCUACACCUGACCCAUUCCCUUGACUCGCUCACGGGCAGUUUGCAUCAGAGCGAUCCUCUACCUUCAUGGUCCUCACUUCAAUCCCAAGCCAGCAUCAUCUCAAACAACCUUAUCAACAUCUGUUCUCAACUAGCAGAACACCAAGAACUCUUAUCCUCACUAGUCGCGUACCCCGCGCCAUCAUUCCCCACAAAUACACAACAGGGCGUUCUCGAACAACUUCUACGCACAAAACUUGAUCCCCGAGUCGAAGAUUGGGUUACGCGCGGUCGAAUCGCAGGCACAGAAGCUUCUCUCAAGGAGAACGGUGGACUGAGUGAUGCAGACCUAGCGGAAUUAUGGUCAUGGGCACCCGUCGAAGCAAACCAAGAAGCGCGAAGGCGGAAUUGGGGUGGGAAUUAUACGCUGGAAGAAAAGGAAUUGGGGAUUCAGAAUGUGGUUACGGGUUUGAAACGGGCGUUGCCAGAUGAUGACGACGAGGAAGAUGAGGAUGAGGAUGAGGAGUUUGAAGAUGUAAAUGAAGAUGGAGGUGAGAAUAUGGAGAUUGUGGGUGUGCAUACGAGACCAGGGGCUGGUGGUGUUGAGUUUGAUAUCGCGGGAGGAAGGGAUCAUGUGCCCAGUGCUUCGGCUUCACCUGCUCUUCCGCUUGAUGAGGUUUUCCGGUAUAUGAUGACUGGGAUGAGGCCAAAGUCUGGUGCUUGA